CUGUUGACUUUUGUGCAGCAACAACAAUAAUGCGGCCGGCCGGCUGUGGCCUCAUUGCUGUUCCAUGCAACAUUGCGGCGUUGCCAAGUUUCAGCUGCUGGCGUUUUGGUUCCAACACUAUGGGGUGAAGAGCGGCAACAUUGCGCGCCAGCGUCUCAUACACUUGUGUGUACAACGCCGACUGCGAAGUGCGGACGUUGGCUGUUUAUAACAACAUAAAUAAAUAAAAGGCAAAAUGGUCAAAAGCAAACAACAAAAGCUAAGAAGCAAGAAGCAGAAUAGACGCACUGACGGCAAAUGGCAACGUUGCCGCACUUAAGUCCGCUUUAAAAAAUAACGUUCAUGCAGACACACACACACAUGCAUACAUAUGCAUGAAUGUUAGGCCGGCUGUUUGCGUAUUUACGAACAAAUGAAAACGAAAAACUGUAUGACGAACCAAUAAUCUUGCUUUGCAUCAGUCUCUCAUACACGUUUGCGCUUGCAUGACACUCAAAAUAAUUCAGUUUCGUUUGAAGAGCCGACAGAAGAGCACAGCGGACAAGCAGACAUGACGUCGACCACAUUGUAUGAAGAGAAGGAGAUUAUGAUAGAGUUCAUCAGCUGUUAUCGCCAUUUUACAGCGCUGUGGGACACCAACGCAUUGGACUAUUUGUCCAAAAAGAAAAAGCAGCCCGGCUAUCAGGAGCUACUCAAAAUACUGCGUCGCGUCAAUUCCGGAGCGGGCGUGCAGGAUGUCAAGCGUAAAAUUAAUUCGCUACGUUGCUGCUAUCGUCGCGAAAUCAAAAAGAUACAAAACUCCUACGAGGGCUACGAGCCGCGUUUAUGGUGGUUUCAUAUGAUGGACUUUCUAAAGCCUGUUCUCAAUUUACAAAAUAUGCAAACGUCAUCGCCGCAAGCUUCACCACCUCGGCAAAUUAAAAACGAUCCACUGUCCGUUGACGACAGUCUCGAUGAGGCUAGCAUGCGAGAUGAGGACCAUUUUCCUGACAGCUAUGCCAACGAAGAUGAUAUGCUUGUAAUUGAAGGCGAACAAGUGCCAGAAGCUGAACAUCUAGGCGAAGCUGAAUUGGUGGGCGAGGCGGAGGAUGAUGUGGAGCUGGAGCCCGAGGAACUGAGUGCCAAAACCAAUAUGUUGCCUAAGCAAGCCAAUGUUCCAAACAACGCCUAUGCCGCUGCUAGUCAUAGAUCCUCCAAUUACAAGUUGUCCUCGGCUCAUCAUCAUCGUCGUCGGCGUCGUCGCAAUAGCACCGAUGAAGAUGCCUAUGUUGCUGCUGAUUCGUCCUUGGAAACGCUGCCACCUAAGCGUCGUCGUCGCUAUAUGGAAUUGGAGCUGUUACGUCGCCAGCAAGAAGAAUUGGAUCACGAAUGCGACCUGGUGGGCAAACGAAUGGCUGCGCAUUUUCGUAAUAUGAGCACCAAUCAGCGACUUUUCGCUGAGCGCAUCAUAGGUGAGGUGCUGCUCUAUGGACGCAUGGAAAAGUUAUCCAUAAAUGCGCGUUUCUUGCCCAAUGGUUAUGCGGAACGUGAUAUUAGUGCUAAUAUAAUUAUUGAAGAUGACUGACAAACC